AAAAUCUUUUUAAAAAGCCUGGACUGCAGUGAGACUAGGUUUUGGCUGUGGCUGAGCCCCUGGUGCUUAUGUCUAAGUCUCAGCUUCCCUUUGCUUGCCUGUGAACUGGGGUGAAGAAACAGCACCUGGCUCUUAGACUUCUUUUCAGGAUGCGAUGGUAUUGCGCAUACUGCCUGACGCAGAAUAAACGCCCCAUAGUUAGCUUUGAUUUCUCUUGAUCAGCCUGAAAGUGUUCCUUGGUGACUGUUGUUUUAUGGCCAUAGUAUAUUUAUAUAAUUCAGCUUUGGGGUUUAAUUAUCAUGUUAGGUUUUAACCAGAUUCCCAUUAUUGUGCCUAAGGUUUUAAAAUUCUCAUUUUCCAGAUAAAACAUAUACUUUUUAUGAAGGUAAUUUAUCUGAAACUCUUGUGCAGAUUUAUUUCAGUUAUUAAAUCUUUUGAAAAAAGAGUGAGUUCUUAUGAUAGGAGGCCUAGAAACUGGGACAGAGGAGUGUAGAAAUUACCGGAAUCGGGAGGGUGGCUAUUGAGGUGAGGAGGAGAGAGGCCAGGGUAAGGGGGGACCGUCAUCAUCUGGGAAGUCAGAAUGGCACGGAGAGAUGGAGACUUCAUUAUCCAACGUGAACUCUCUAGACCUGAGGGAGACGGCUUAAUUUUCAUAUCCCAGAUAUGGGGGUGGGGCACUGACAUGAGCUAACUUUUAUUGAAUUUUCUUGUAAAUUUCAGCCUCUGCCCUGUGAUAAGAGUAUCCUAACCCUAGCACCCAGGAUGGGCACCCCAGCCUCUGUGGUGAGCGAGCCGCUCCCCUGGCAGGCCCCGCCUGAGGCCCGGGGCCGCAAGCAGGCAUCAGCCAACAUCUUCCAGGACGCUGAGCUGCUGCAAAUCCAGGGCCUGUUUCAGCGCAGCGGGGACCAGCUGGCUGAGGAACGGGCACAGAUCAUCUGGGAAUGUGCUGGGGACCCCCGUAUGGCGGAGGCUUUGAGGAGGCUGCGCAGGAAGAGGCCCCCAAGGCAGAAACCCCUGGGCCACUCACUACACCACUGCAGCCGGCUCAGAAUCCCAGAGCCCCACAAUCCACUGGCCGACGCACAGAGCAGUGCUUCCAGCGAUCAGUAUCUGAACACUAGGAGGACAAGUGCCAGGAUCCGCCGGAACUGGAGGAAGCCAGGCCCCACAAGCUACCUCCAUCAGAUCAGACACUGAUCCAGGGAAGGGGCUGGGAGCAGCAGUGUCUUCCCCAGGAAUCAUAGGGACUUUUGCCAAAGGGCCCGGGAAGAUGAAGGAGGAAAAGAGACUUGAGGCAGACGGCCCCACACGCUGCUGCUGGCCUGCUCAAUUCAGAACAGGAUUGGAGGUGUCCACUGAGCUCUCCAUUGUGUGGGACCCUUUCCUCACCAGGAGAAACAGCGACCAUUUUCGCCUUGACCCUUCCCCAUCUAACACUAUACCUGGACUGCAUGACAUUCCCCCCGGGACUCAAGUGACGGGCACUCAAACUAAGUGUCUCACCACUCCUGCUACUAACCUUCCUGCUAUUAUGACCGAUGGUCCAGCAGACUGUCCUGCACCCCUGCCCCUGUCAGGUCACACGAGGAAACUGGUUUAAGUGGCAAAAUAAAAACAUUUGCAUCAAGA